CCCGGCCCGUCCCGGGCUCGGCCGGCCCCCGCGCCCAGGCGGCUGUUCCCUGCUGACUGGGGUGUGGGCGGGGAGCGGCGGAGGCAGGAGGAGGCGCUGCUGGCCGCCGCCGUUGCCUCCGCUGCUGGGCGCCUGGGCAGCUCCCGGGGUUUCUGCGGCCGCCAUGGACGAGCAGGCGGGUCCCGGUGUCUUCUUCAGCAACAACCACCCGGGCGCCGGCGGUGCCAAGGGUCUCGGGCCUCUGGCGGAGGCUGCCGCGGCCGGCGACGGGGCGGCUGCGGCGGGGGCGGCGCGAGCCCAAUACAGCCUCCCUGGGAUCCUGCACUUCCUGCAGCAUGAGUGGGCCCGCUUCGAGGUUGAGAGAGCCCAGUGGGAGGUAGAGCGGGCGGAGCUGCAGGCCCAGAUUGCUUUCCUUCAGGGGGAAAGAAAGGGUCAAGAAAUUUUGAAGAAAGAUCUUGUGAGGAGGAUCAAAAUGCUGGAGUACGCUCUUAAACAGGAAAGAGCCAAAUACCACAAGUUGAAAUAUGGAACAGAAUUGAAUCAGGGAGAUAUGAAGCCACCAAGCUAUGAUUCUGAUGAAGGUAAUGAAACAGAGGUACAGCCACAGCAAAACAGCCAGUUAAUGUGGAAACAAGGUCGACAACUACUCAGACAGUAUCUACAGGAGGUGGGUUACACUGAUACCAUUCUAGAUGUGAAAUCUAAACGAGUGCGAGCUUUGUUGGGCUUUUCAAGUGAUGUCACUGACAGGGAAGAUGACAAAAAUCAGGAUUCAGUUAUAAAUGGCACAGAGGCCGAAGUUAAAGAGACGGCAAUGAUUGGAAAAUCCGAGUUAACAGAUUCUGCCUCUGUGCUGGAUAAUUUCAAAUUCCUUGAAAGUGCAGCUGCAGAUUUCAGUGAUGAAGAUGAAGAUGAUGACAUUGAUGGAAGAGAGAAAAGCAUCAUUGAUACUUCAACGAUUGUUAGGAAAAAAGCAUUGCCUGAUAGCAGUGAAGAUCGAGAUACAAAAGAAGCUCUAAAGGAGUUUGACUUCUUGGUUACAUCAGAGGAAGGAGACAAUGAGUCUAGAAGUGCGGGUGAUGGAACAGAAUGGGAGAAGGAAGACCAGUGUCUCAUGCCUGAAGCCUGGAAUGUGGACCAGGGAGUAAUUACCAAACUCAAGGAACAAUACAAAAAGGAGAGAAAGGGGAAAAAGGGGGUGAAGAGAAAAACUACCGAAGAUCUGUUUCAGCCUCUAUCCUAUAUAAAACAGUCAAAACAGGGAUGUGGGAGAAUGAAGAACCAAAGCUCAGGGCCCAAUAGGUCAAAACUACAAGAUAUGCUUGCUAAUUUGAGAGAUGUUGAUGAACUUCCCUCAUUACAGCCAUCUGUGGGUUCACCUUCCAGACCCCCCAGCUCCAGGCUUCCUGAACAUGAAAUAAAUAGGGCGGAUGAAGUGGAAGCAUUGACUUUUCCUCCUUCUUCUGGGAAAUCCUUCAUCAUGGGAGCAGAUGAAGCCCUUGAAAGUGAACUGGGACUUGGAGAAUUGGCGGGCCUUACAGUGGCCAAUGAAGCAGAUUCACUAACUUACGAUAUAGCAAACAAUAAAGAUGCAUUGAGGAAGACAUGGAACCCUAAGUUUACGUUACGAAGUCACUUUGAUGGCAUUCGAGCCCUUGCUUUCCACCCCAUUGAGCCUGUUUUGAUAACAGCAUCUGAGGAUCACACACUAAAAAUGUGGAAUUUGCAAAAAACAGCCCCAGCCAAAAAGAGUACUUCUCUUGAUGUGGAGCCUAUCUAUACAUUCAGGGCUCAUAAAGGUCCAGUGCUUUGUGUGGUAAUGAGCAGCAAUGGUGAGCAGUGUUACAGUGGUGGUACUGACGGACUGAUCCAGGGCUGGAAUACCACCAACCCCAACAUCGAUCCCUAUGACUCCUAUGAUCCUUCUGUUUUAAGAGGCCCUCUUCUAGGCCACACCGAUGCCGUCUGGGGCUUGGCUUACAGCGCAGCACACCAGCGCUUGUUGUCAUGUUCAGCAGAUGGCACUCUCCGUUUAUGGAAUACAACUGAGGUUGCUCCAGCCCUAAGUGUAUUUAACGAUAAUCAAGAGUUGGGAAUCCCUGCCUCUGUGGAUCUAGUGAGCAGUGAUCCGAGCCAUAUGGUAGCAUCAUUCAGCAAAGGUUAUACAAGCAUCUUUAACAUGGAAACACAGCAGCGCAUUCUCACUCUAGAAUCUAACCUAGAUUCAACCAACUCUUCCUGCCAAAUAAAUAGAGUCAUCAGCCAUCCCACUCUUCCCAUUAGCAUCACUGCUCAUGAAGACAGGCACAUCAAAUUCUACGAUAACAAUACAGGCAAACUCAUCCACUCCAUGGUAGCCCACCUAGAAGCUGUUACAAGUCUAGCAGUUGAUCCUAAUGGCUUGUACUUGAUGUCGGGCAGUCAUGACUGUUCAAUACGUUUAUGGAACCUAGAAAGUAAGACGUGUAUCCAAGAGUUCACAGCUCAUCGGAAAAAAUUUGAAGAAUCAAUUCAUGAUGUAGCUUUCCACCCAUCCAAAUGCUAUAUAGCCAGUGCUGGGGCUGAUGCACUGGCUAAAGUCUUUGUAUGACACAAUGCAUCAUCUUCACCUUCUAGCUCUUUAUAAAUAAUCAACUGCACAAAAAGAGAUACAGAAGACCAGGGCAAGAAUCAGCCUGUCUUGCCCUUUUGUUCUGCUGAAGGAGCACAGAGAACAUUUGUUAAAGUAUAGUUUUGCAAUUCGUAUACUGUUUUCUAAAACUAAGGUUUGUUCAGGUUGCUGCAAGCUCAGCUGAAUCUAUGAGCCUGAAAACUGUUUCAAAUUUUCCCCCAAAUAGGAGCUUUUAUUUCUGAGGUGGUUCUAAUUCGCUAGGCAGGCCUGAGCGAACGUAAGUUUAGCUUGUCCCUCUUGAGUAAGUAGGGCACGCUAAAGGAUAAUUAAAAAGCUUGGUGACUGGGAAUGAGUGGAGGAAGAACAGAAAUUUAGACCUAGUUCUCCCCUGAGAAAUCUUGUUAAACACAUUAGGUAGUCAAAACAAUAAUCUUGACCAUAUCUGCUGUACUAACCCCUAAGUGCAUAAGGACCAGGCAGUGUUCAAAUGAGAUUUUAAUUUAGCUCUUCUUUCAUCUGUGCACAUAAAGCACCUGGCAAAGCAUUUUACCUGUUAAAGGAAAAAAAAAAUGCAAUAAUAUGUUAAAUAUAUUAUUAUUCAGAAAUACUAAACAAAUAUUUAGUUUGUAAGCAGAUUUCUAUAUUGUAUUACAUUUUUGAAAAUAGAUUUGGUAUCAUUGUAAAGUUUAGCUGUCAAAAAUCAGUCAUUAUGAAUAGUUGGUAGAGUCUGCUUUUACUAAAGGAUUUAACUUAUUCAGGUUUGAGAUUCUGUUUAUUUUUAAGGGCAAGCAGGGCAUAUCUUUAUAAUAAUUUCUGUUAAUUUUAAAAAUUCACUUUAUUCAUGUGAUAUUUAUAAUACCAGAGUGGUUAUCUCAUAUUGAUGAAAUCUUACCUUUCAGUGGUUUGAAAAGACAGAAGUUACCUGUGAGUACUCAUUUGUCAAAACCCACAUAUCAUGCUUCAGAUGACCUCUUGCUCUUUCUUUGUCUCUCAUAUUCAAAUUAUCUGGCAUCUACUGAAAAGAGUUUAUAAUUAUUGUGUUUUAACAGCCCAGAGGGUUUGGUUAAUGUCAGGCAGCUGCUUUUGCAGUACUAAAUAAAGCCAACUGUUUUGUACCCCAGAAGUCCUCCUUUGGUAUAUCCAAGAAGGGGAAUCCCCCUGGAAAUCUGGAUGGAAGAGUUCAGUGCAUAACCAUAAGCUAAAGAGUUCUCUUUCUCUCUUCCUACCCCUACCCCUCCUCCAUUCUUUAAUUGGAAUACACAGCAUGUUUUAAUAGGCAGUGUAUCAGUGCUGUUUCUGGGGAAACAACUAUCCUAAAGAACCAGGCUUCCCAGAGCUCACCUCGCCCAUGACCCACAUGUGCAGCUCUUGGGAUUCCCAUGACCCCACUCUUUGGACUUGAUGUAUAGACCUUAUCCCUACAACUGUCUCACCUGUCUUUACAGUCUCUUGUUUGCCACAAAUGUCAGAGACCAAUGUAGAAAUUAGAAAUAAAUACUAAUGCCCGAUGUUUCAGCAAAAUGUAUAUGUAAUAGUUCUCAGAUUUAAAAAAUCCAUAUCCAUAAAUACUUUUAACCUUUUAAUAUAAUUCCUACAUUCCUAUCCCCACAUAUUCCAUUGUCAUAACAACACUUCUGAUGAUAUGUAUAUCUCCUCCUUGAAAACGCAUUCUUGUGGCGAUAUGGAUAGCAAUUGACAAUUUUUCUUUAAAAUUUCUGUUUUCUGCCUCUAGAGUUUUGCAGUAUACAGGCAAAUUUUCUUUAAAGAUGUGUGCUAGAUUUGCCGAUUGAUAUACAGAUAUGCUUUAAUAUUUUGACACAGCUACCUUGUCUUUACUCUGUGCUUUGGUUAACAGUGGGCUCAAGGGACUCCUUUGUAUAAUCAAAUGACUUGACCUGGACUUGAGCUACCAGGUGAUUGUUUAUAUUAUUCCCAUGCAGAUAUAGAAUUCCACAUUUUGUUUGGUUCAUUCCUCUUUUGGUUCUUCAGUGAGUGAAAAAAUGGUGUUGCUGACCUAACAUUUAUAGAAGUAUACUGGAAAAUUCCAGUCAGGUGCCCUUAUUUGGAGUGUUUAUGACAGAUGAAGAGAUUGUUCUACCAGUUACUGCUUUAAUUACCUCCCAAGGUCUUCAGUGCCUGCUUCACUUUUGUCACUGAGAUUCUCAAAACCAAGACAUUCUCUUCCCCUGCAUUUUAUACCUCAUGGUUGAAAUUUUUCUGUUAGUGAAAAAUGACCCAUGAGAUAUGUAGACUGUAGUGCAAAUGAUGGAACUGUUGAAAGUUCUUUAGCAAGCCAGUGCCAUGCCGUUGGAAACUGUACACAGAAACAGAGAUUCUUCUCUACUAGCACUGUGUGAUCUCAGCCUAGAAAUGAGCCAAAGCUGUCUUCCAACCUGAUAGAAGCAUAGACAUAUGUCUGAUUUCCACCCCCCAGCCUUUCGAAAAUUUAAUGAAAAUCCACAAAAUGAACAAAUUCAAGAUUCAAACCGUCAUUGAAAUGCUUUCAUAGUGCUUGGUUUGUAAAUAUUUUGGAUGAAAUAUAUUGGGAUAGUAUGAAAAUCAGCAGGAGAAAUAAGGUCCCUGCCUUAUUUUCAUAUGCUGUGGAUACAUUUCUGGGAGCUUGCAGCACCCUUCUCAAAACCCAGCUAUCAUAUGGAGCUCAUUUGCUACUCGAACCCUAGACAGAUAUUUAACGUAAGUGAUAUAAUGACCUUCAGUAUUUUUCUAUUGAACAAGUUUAGCAAUUUUUGCCAUUAAACAGAUGAUUAGUUAUGCAAAGUAUUUAGCUUUUAUAAUCAUUUUAGUUAUGACUAAAAGGGGGAAAUUAUGCUGCAUCACUGAUAAUGAACUUUGUGAAAAAUUUUUUGUUUAUCUGACUUUCAUUCCUUCAGUAUUCUUGCUAUAAAUUUCUUUUGGAGAUAAUGAUAAAGAUUUAUUUGAAAAUGUCUAAAAUGUAUGUAUAUUUUAUAAAUAUAUAUUAUAUAUAUUUUAGGAAUAUAUAUAAUAUAUAUAGACUAUAUAUAUAUACAUAUAUAUGUAUGUGUGUGUGUAUAUAUAUAUAUAUAUAUAUACAUAUAUAUAUAUAAACCAUAGGUGCAUUUUACUGUUUGUAUUUUGUUUUUAGAGGUAGUGUACACCGCAGGUAAUGAUGAGUAUGAUGAGUGUUGUGCUGUUUGCUUUUGCAGUAUAAUAUAUAGUUCUAAAUGUUUAAAUUACUGUAUAUAUUAUAUUCAUUAUAGGCUAGCAUGCUUGUUUUAAAGACUGUCAUUCUAGUUUAUUAAAAUCUGAAUGUAAGAAAACCUGGCUAUUCAAAUGUGAAUUGAAAAAUAUUCCAUUCUCAGUACUGAACUAUUUCCAUUGAACAUUCAGGAUUUUUAACAAAACAGAUAUCAUCAAGAAGGCAAUAGCUAGAGAAUGAGAGGUGCCUUUAAAUAAAAUACAAAUGCAGCCUUACAGUGAGGAUGAGAGUUGAGUUGUGGGGGUGGGGGGCCAUGAGAGAGAGAGAAAGAGCACGCGCGUGCGUGUGCGUGCGUGUGCGCGCGUGUGUGUGUGUGCGUGUGUGUGUUUGCCAAUCUGUGACGGUCCUGAUUUGUGACCAUCAAUGUCUUCAGUGUAUCUGCUCAACUUGUAGGAUUUCAGGGGACAUUUCAUGCGUUGUCUUUGUGCUCUUCUGAGCACCACAUGUACUUUCCAAGGAUUUUGAAUGUGAAUUCCUAGAAAUUUCAGUAGAGAGGAAAAUAUUCUUUCACUAUUGUCAAGUUCAGGUAAAAGAAGAAAUUAUUGGUUCACCAAAAUGAUGGGAUCUCUUAAAUGUUGGCUAAGUAAAUUAAUUUUUUUAAAAUGUGAUUUUUAAAGGCCCUCUUUUUUAGGACUUCAUAUAUUUCCCUCCUACACGAGAGCAUGUCAUGAAAUUCUUAUGUGAUGAAGAUUCAACUAGUAAAAAUUAUUUUUAGAUUAAACACCUGAACUAGUUAAAAUACCACCUAAGAAUAGUGUUUAAAUGACAUCUAUCAUAUCUACCUCUUUGCCAUUGCUGCCAUUUUAACUAAAGCAAAUCUUUAUGACAUCUGAAAAUGAUGAUUGGAUGCAAUUUAAAAAUCUAUGUUGGUGCUGUUUUCAGGCUUUGUCAUUUAAGUUAUAUUGAGCUAAGAUGUCACAAAUCAGAUUGAAAGACUUAAGAGUUUUGGUUUUCUUUCGAAAGAACUGCUUAAAAUUUAUUAUCAAGGUUGAUAGUGAGUGGAUAGAGUUAAACUCUGUUUAGUAUAUGUCUGAUAUUUUCAACCAAAAGCCAAACUGUUACUGAAUUUACAUGGAGAAAGAGCUCUAAGUACACUUUUCUUCAGCUUACUUUAUUCUUUGAACGCUAUUUCAAGGCUAUUAAGUACAUAAUCAUUAAUUUUAUUUACUCAGAAGUUGCCUUUGUUACUAUGUUAUUUGUCUAGUUAUUUAUAUAAUUAUAGUACUUUAUGUGUUUGACACUGGUAUUCAGGUUGUACAAAAGUAGUAGCUGACAGAAAUUAUAUGUGUAUUUUUGUGAAAUGUAUCAAUUCUAGGAGUUCCUUUUAGGGUAUGGUCCAGAAAACAUGUCCUUCUUUAAAAACAAGGGACAGGCCAUUGGUAAAUGGUUUGAAUCAUUUUUACUUUCAGAACUGAAAGUUUUUUAAUUGACCAUAUCUGUCAUCCAGCUGGACCUCUGUGUCAGUGUCAGGGACACUGACAAAGCAUUUAACAGAUAACAUCAGUUUUGUUUUUGCUUUUGUUCCAUUUUUGUUUUUGUUCUUAAUCUUUAAAAAAAAAAAAAAAUUCAGGCCAGAGAUCCCUAGAUUCCACUUAUUUAUUCUAGCAGUAUUCUUAAAGUGGUACUUAGGGGUCAGAAUUUUCUGGAUCUUUGCUAGUCAAGCUUUAGCUUUUAUUUAACUGAGACCACAUGCUUGUCAUCCCUCUGAUGCAAAUUAGAAAGUUCAUUUUAAUUUAGAUUAACUUUGAUGUCUGCCUGGAUUUUUAACAGGCCGUGAACCAGUGAGUGCCUUGUUAAUGUAGAAUGAUUUUUCCCUGGUUGUUAGCUCCUUUCUGAGAAUGUCUCAGAGAAUGGUAUUUUAGUUGACUUGUACAGAUUGCUAAAUUUGGUAUUAUCAGCCGUCAGAAAGCCUUCAGUCUACCACAUACCUGCCUCCCUACUUUCUUCUCAUUGUUUGGCUGAAGUUUGCCUCUUGUGAGAAACAAAUACAACCCCCUCUCCACACACUUUUUUCAAUUCAAAUUAAGAGAUAUCCCCUAUACCCAUCCCAACUAUAUGAUCUAAUAUCUGUUUUUAGGAGGAACCACUUUGUAAUCAUGAAAUCUACUGGUUACUUUAUGUCUUCUCAACUUCUGUUUACUAGAGCUGAUUUCAGGGCGUCAUCAGUUCAGUUUCCUAAGGAACUCCUUUUUUCCACACACCCAAUUAUCCACCCCCCAACUGGUGAGCCCUGGACCAUAUUGUUUGAUCUUCAGGUAUUUUUAAAUUCAGUUAUAUCAAUUAAUGUAAAUUAAUCCAAAUGCUAAUUUUCGUGGUGCAAGAAGUUUCUUUUGUAAAUUCAGGGUAUGGAUAAGCUAAUUAAGAUCUCUUUUUUUGGUGGCUCUAAGUGUAUUAUUUGUUUUUAAAUAAAGUGUACAAAUAUAGAUAAUGUGCUAUAGGUGUCUCAUGAAUUGAAAUAUUUUGGAAUCUAGUGGAUUUGCAGUUAAAAUAAUACGUCUUGAUUUUGGUUUUUUGGUGGGGGGGUAGGAGAGGUGUGCAGAGAAAUAAAAGGGGUAUUAGAAAAAGUAGAUGGGGUCCAAAGUAAUGAAUCAGUCUUAAUUACGUGAGAAAGGUAGAGAAAUUUAUCAUUAUAGAGUUCGAACCUUUGGAAAGCCAGUAACAUUAAAAUACCCUGUAAGAUCGGGUCAGUGAUACUUUCAGGGACACAUGUAUUUUUUCAAGUGUUCAAUUACAUAUUUUUUAAAAAUUAUACACAUGUAAAUUUAGUCUGUUUUUAUUUUUUUGUUUGGCUACUUAACAAACAUAACCCUUCCCCUUCCCCUUGCUUUUUCAAAUCAACAUUAUUUUUCAAAGUCUUUUUUCUGCCCAUAACUCAUAAUCUCUUUGUUCCAGUCUGAAGCCAUAAUGUUGGGUGGAAUCUAAGAGUGUCCUUGAAACUAUCUGCUAUCCUUUGAUAUUUUGUAUGCUUCUGUAGUAAUGAGUGUUAUAUCCUUUGUCAUGGACCCAUUUUUCAGUAGUGUCAGAAAUAUCCCUUUUGUUCCUUUUAAUGAGAACUGAGACACUUGCUGGAGUGAUUUUAGAGUAAUACAGUUCAGAAGGUCAGGAGGAUGCUCAUGGAUGACCCCCUGGGGUACCCCAGAGUGGUAUUCUGACCUGCAUUGAAUUUCCCUGCACCAUCCAGAGUUGUUCUGGCACCUAGGGUAGUUCCCAGGAGGACCUAGGAACAAGUCUGGUAGCGCUAUUUAACCCAGGCACCGUAACCAUGAAGCAUCCCUCCACUUGUUACUUCUUAGUUAAACCUGUUGCUUACAGUGAUCAGGACACUCCAGUUUUAUGGGGAAGCACUGACCUGCAGGUCUGAAAAUUGAAAUUCAUAUUUUCUGGAACACAAAUUUUAAUUUAGUGUAUUUUGUAUAUUUUCAAAACCAAAUAAUUCAAAACCCACCAUGCAGAAAAUGACUCACUUAGCUUCACUUAGAUCCUACAAUCCAAAGUCCUUUCUUAGUCCUGUUUGUUUAAUUUGACUACAGGUAAAUGGUGGUCUCAGUCAGACUUGAAGGAUCUGUUUGCAUGAACAAAAUCUACAAUAUCCUGCUAACAAGAAAGGCCUAUUUUGUAGAAAAUUCUUGUCCUUGAUGAUUUAGCCAUUCACCUUACAAUGAAAUCUGGUCCAGAUGCUAACUCCACAUUGAUUUUUCCUGUGUGCCUCUUUAAAGAGAUAAUUAAUCCAGUAAUGUAAAGGAGAACCCACAGUAAAACAUCUGUUAAAUAGCACUUGGAGUACUAGAAUUAGUAUUCUUAAUUCAGUGCCAAAGUUUUCUGUGCUCUCAUAGGGUCCAGUAUGUAUGCCAGCUUCCGAAUCUCUAACCUCAAACCAAAGGUAUUUUUGAAUUACCUCAUAUUAAUAGCAUCAUCAAAUUAAGGGUACUGGUAAGGGAAAGCCAUCAUUCACAAAUGAAAUUUCCCAACCUGAAACACUUUAAUUUAAAAAAAACUGCAUGGAAAGCCAAAAAGAUUUUUUAAAGAUUAUUUAUUGAGAGAAAGUGGAGGGGGAGGGGCACAGGGAAAGGAUCUCAAGCAGACUCCCUGUUGAGCAGAGAGGACUAGGGGCUUGAUCUCCCGACCCAGAGAUCAUGACCUGAGCCGAAAUCAAGUCAGACACUUAAUCAACUGAACCACUCAGGCGCCCCAGAAAGCAAAAUUUUACAUUAAGUAGGAGUUGUAAAAACAAGCAGCUUGUGACUUAGAUGUGCUGAAAUUAUUAAAGUAUACUGACAUUUAGCUACUACUUCCUGAUGGAAGUGGGACCAAGACAGUAGUAGUUCAUAAAUAUGUUAGAGCAAAAGAAGUCUCAUCAGAAAGUUUACUUUGGGUGCUGGCUAACUUGGGUGAGAGUGGGGGGAAAGAAGCCCCAUACCAAGAAGGAAAAGCUGCCAGCGCUGCAAUCUGGACCCACCACCACCAAAGGACCCAUUGUCCUUUCUCUUUAAAUGGCCUGGAACAAUGACCUUCGAGAUCUUUUGACUUAUAAAAGUGAAUGGUUCCAAUUCUGGCUUGUAUGGUCCCUGUUGCCUAACUUAAAAGAUCUUUACAUCAAAAUUAUCCUAGAGCCCCCUGGUAAAGCAUCAGACAACAUAGUUUUUAUGAUAUUUUAGGAAGCUGUAUUAACAUAGGCCCAGAGAGGUUCUUCCAUUUGCACAUGUCAGAAUGAAGACCAGACAUGUAAGAAAUGUUCUCAUGUGGCCAAGUGAUAAUCUCACAAAAAGAUCAGAGGAUUAUUUUUAUAGGGUGAGUUAUGUUUUAAAUGAUUUUGACCAUGCUUUUAAAAGCAUGUAAAUAUAUAUUUGCAUAUUUUUUUACAGACUUUUGAGCCCACAUAUUUCAGAAUAUCCUGUUGGAAUAAGUUCAUUCAGUAUGUAUUUUAGAAAAAAAUUCAUUGGUUUCACAUCUUUUGACAGUCAUUUAUGAAUAACACUUCUGAUACAGUACUCAACUGCUAUAAAGACAGGUGGUAAAUGUCUCCGUAUUUUGACUGCCUGGGAAAGCACGUUUGUACAUAGUUUGCCGGUCAACAUGGAGACCUGUGUAUUUUAUAUAUGUCAAAAUUAACAUGUAUAUCAUGUAAAUAAUGUUCAUCAGCAAUAUCACCUCAGAGCUAUCAGCGUUAAGGUUAGAUUCUGCCAACUGCCAUUCACGAGUUUUGAAAGUAUGCACAUUCAGCUAAAAUACCACUUAAUUCAUUUAAGUGGAAACUUUUUCAGUGAAACAGUACCUGUUCAGUUUCCUUGUAGAUCUCAGGGUCAAAAGAAAGGCUUUCUCCCAACUCCAAAAUAUUCAGGCUUUCUUUUACUCAUUUUGGUCUUUUUAACAGUCUUUUUAACAAGCAAGUCCAUAAGCUCCUAUUUCUCAUAGCCUACAAUACUUGGGGAUACACCUCUAAUGAUUCCAAUUUAAAAAAAUAAACCUUGCAAGCAGAUUUUUCCCCCCCUUAGGAACAUCAUUGCUUUCUGGAGGCAGAAAUGAUUUUACUUUUGAAAUUGGAGGUUAGAGAUCCAUGCAGUUUUGUGUCCUUGAUGUCUGCAAGUUCCAUACAGCUUGCCUCUGCAGGGAAACACAAAUUUUAUUUUGUGUGAUUUUUGAAAAUUAUUUCGGAAGUGGAAAGACUAGCAAGGAAGUCGAUAAGUUUAUAUAUUUCAAAGUCUUGUGGAUUUUUUAAUGGUAUGGGUUGCAGUAGUGAUGAGUUUUAUUAUGAAUGCCUUCAUUAUACCCUCAACUCAGAUUUUACAUGUUAAGUAUUGUUCACUAUCACCUAACGAAGUAGAAACGGUUAGCGAUAAUUUGUUUGCUUCAGUGUCUAUAAGCUCCUCAUUUGUUUUUCUUAUAUUCCCCUUAGCACCCCUCCUGGUGCCUUACCAUAUAAAAAGUACUCAGUAACUAUUUGUUGGGUGAGUAAUCAGAAAGCAGAUUUUCAAAACUCUGAAUCUGUCCAGAUCUUCAAAGACCAAAAAAAAAAAAAAAAAAAAAAAAAAAAAUCAUUUCUUUCAGUCCCUAGCCAAUCUCAAAUGUAUUUAGAUCUGUGAAGUUGGUCCCAAGAUUGAGGUCUGCACCCUAGUUAGGGAGGAAUUCGGACCUCACCUGGAAGGCGGCAACAGAACGCCAAAGGCACCAGCUGUUGUGGGCUUCCAGUCCUGCCUUUAUGGGAAUUGAGCAAAGCAUGCGGGCAGUGAGGCGUGUCUGAACCCUGUUAAGGUGCCCCUUCCCUUAACCUUUGCAGCACCCCCCCACUGGUCUCUGCUUGCCUGUGGGGCUCCUGCUGCUGCCGUCUGGAACCUCGACCUGCCAGGACUGUCUUGGGCCCAGGCCAGGUCCACCAGUCUUGCCUCGUGACCCUCAGACUGUCCCGCUAUUCCUAACUGGCUGUUUUUUUUUUUUUUACCCCGCAAAGAAGUAGGAAGUUCCUCCCAGCAGAAGAUUGUCAAGAAAGGCAUUCCUCUGGGGAGCUUGCCUUGAAUUUGAAGAAUCUAGGACAAAUCCCUCAGGAUAUUUUCUGCUUUUUGUCUAGAACAUUUGACGGUAAUUAUCUAAAUUCUUAUUAACUCUCCCCGGAAGAGCUCUGUGUUGUCUUGGUUUGCUGCUACGCGGGGCCUGUGGCUUGAGCUGCUUAGCUUAAUCACUUCAGGAGUAAAAUAGUCAACAAGUUAGAGACAGACUAUUUAUAUAUAAUGAUCAAAUGAUUUAAAUCAUUAAUAGAAUCAUCAACUGAGUAAUGAAUUGUGUGAGUAUGAAAUAUUCAGUUAAAUCUCAGUGUUAAACCUAUGUAUUAUGUAAGAACUAUUAUCUUUUUUAAUUAUUUUUUUAAGAUUUUUUUAUUUAUUUGACAGAGAUCACAGGUAGGCAGAGAGGCAGGCAGGGAGAGAGAGGAGGAAGCAGGCUCCUUGCUGAGCAGAGAACCCGAUGUGGGGCUUGAUCCCAGGACCCUGGGACCAUGACCUGAGCCGAAGGCAGAGGCUUUAACCCACUGAGCCACCCAGGCGCCCCAUCUUUUUUAAUUAUUAAAAUAAUGAUUCUUUUAAGGUCAAUAUGGCACAAAGGAAAGAACAGGAUUUUGGCCUGGGCACAGGACAUUUAUUAUAGUUAGUGAAACUUUAGUCAAGCUAAUUCUUAUGAGUUGGUUUCUUAUCUGUGAAAAGGAGAUGAUAGAUCUGCCUGAGAGAUUGCUUAGAGAUAAUAGAUACAAAACACCUGAUAAAAUGUUGGGCAGAAAUAAACAUCCAACAAGGAAUUAUUAUUCACUCCCUAAAUUCACACUUCUUGUCAUGUAAUUCUGUCACACUCCUAAUAACUUCUAAAAUAUCAAGUAUUUAGGUGAAACGAGGUUAAAAUGCACAUUAAGAAUAGACCUAAAGAAGAAGUUAUACAUAAAAUACUACUUUACUCAAUAUUCGAGGGCCUGCUCUGAGCCAGGCCGUUCUAGGCGCUGGCAUUCAGCAGCAAACAGACAAAAUCUUUUAUGUGAUGUGGCUUACACUGCAGUUGGGGAAAACAACAAAUAAUGUAGGUAAAAAAUAGAGAAUAUGACUGGUGAGUGCUAAAGGUAAAGAGGAAGGAGAUGAUAUUUCUCAGAGGUAGAAAUUGAUACCAUUUAAAUUAAUACAAUUAAUUAAAAGAGCAACACAAAGGGGGGCCUGGCUGGCUACUCUUGAUCUUGGGGUCAUAAGUUUGAGACUUAGAUUGGCUGUAGAGAUUGCCUAAAGAAAUACAAAUUAAAAAAAAAAAAAAGCAAAGAAAAGGCAAUAAGUAAUGAAGACAUAAAGCAGAAGUCAUCACAUCCCACCGUACCAUUCACUCCCACCCUGCCUUGUAAUAACAGCACGAUAUAUGUAUCUCUACUCUUAUUCAUACAAGUAUGUGUACACAAAUACUGCAUCGAGUUUUGUCUUAUUCUACAUGUUCUCUGCAACUUGCUUUUAAAAUUUAAUAUAUAUUUUGAGCAACUUUUAAGUCUGUACAUACAUAGAUAUCUUUUAAGUUCCUUAAUAUACACACAUGAUCUUAUAUAAAUAAAAUGAGAUUUUUUUGGUGGGUCUGUUUGCUUUAAAUAAAUGAGAUAAUACAUGUCCUCUGCAUCUUUUCUCAUCUAACAAUAUGUGAUAGAAAUUCCUCCAAGUUUGUCUUAUAGUUGUUAUUUCAUUCUUUUUAACGAUGAAAACUCUAAUGAUGAUUUAAACUUCUUCAUAAUCAGUGGGGAUUUACUUCGCUACCAGAUUUUCACUAUCAGGGUAAUUGUGCCUGUGCACAUAGCCGUGACCAUGAUGGUUUCACUCCUGUGGAACAGAGUCCCUGCAGUAGGAUUGCUGGGUUGAGAGAUGUGUAGAUUUAACAUUUUUUAGUAAGUAUUGACAGAUUGUUUACCAAACAGGCUGGAACAAUUUAUAUUUUCAUCAGUAGAUGUACAGUAUAAAAAUAUCCUUACUCUUUAUACCCACUAGCAGUAGCUGUUGUAGCCUUUAAAAGAAAUAGAAAAAAAAAAAAGGCUGGUGGUAUGUACAGUGAUUUCUCCAUAUUAUUUUACUUGCAUUUCCCUGAUUACUGUAAAUCUGCAUAACUUUUCAUAUGUUCUUUGUUAUUUGGAUUUCACUCAUAAUUAAAUUACCUUUUGUAUUCAUUUUGUGUUGCUGUAUAACAACACAAAUUUAGUGGCUUAAAAUAAUACCCGUUUAUUAUUUCAUAGUUAUGUGGGUUAGAACUUCAGGUGGGCUUGCCUGGCUCUCUAUUUAGUGUCGGAUAAGGUGUGUGCCAGGCUGGGCUCGUAACUAAAGGAUCUGGGGGAAGAAUUCACUUCCAGGCUCAUUCCUGUGGUUGGCAGAAUUUCAGACCAUACAGUCGUAGGACAGUUGUAGGACGGAGGUCUCUGUUUCCUUGCUAGCUGUUAGCCAGACGUUCUUCUCAGCUUUUGAAAGUUAUUCUUCAGUCUUUGUAAUGCUUACCGCCCCCCUCCACGCCGCCAUCUUCAGAGUUAGUAAGGAUUCAUCAGAUCCUUCUCAUACUUAACUCUCUGUGUUUUCUCUUCUGCUAUCAACCAGAGAAAACGCUCUGCUUUUAAAGGGCUCAUGUGCCUAGAGUAGGCCCACCCAGAUAAUUUUUGUAAGUUAAGGUCUAUUGGCGAGUAACCUUAAAUUACUUCCACAAACUCCCUUUGCUUGGUAAAUGUAGCAUUAUCGUGGGAGUAACACCAGGGGUAAAGACCAUGGGAGCCAUCUUAGAAUUCUGUCUACCACAAAUAUUCAUGUUUUUAUUUAUAUCUUUACAUUUAUGUCCAUGUUUCUAUGUUGUUUGCCUUUUUAUCUUUAUUUAACUAGUUCAUAGGAAGUUUUUGUAUGUUACAUGUUAAGCCUUUCUACUCUUGGUUGCAAACAGUUUUUCCACCUCUUACAAGUUGUCUAUUGGCCACUAAUAUUAAGUCCCUUGCAUAGAAAACUUAGUCAUUUGGAUUUCACUCUUAAGGUGCAUUGUGUAUUUGUAUCUUUUUAUUCACAUUUUAAAUUUUUAUUCAUUUUUAUUUUUCAUUCACUUCAUUUUUUAUUAACAUUUGCCCAUACGUGCACUGUCUUUUUAAAAAAAAUUGUAAGUGUUCUUUCUAUAUUAUAUGUAAACAUUUCAUCAUAUUAUUUGUAAAUUUUCUCCAAACUGUAAUUUGUCUGUUUACCAUAUUUAUAAUACCAUUUCCCAUUCAAAACUUUAGUAUAUAUAUGCAAGUAUAUUAUUUUACAAAAUAUGGAUAUUUGUAAAUACAUAAAAAUUUCAAAGUAUUCUGUAUUGAUUAAGGCCUUCACGCCUGGGUGGCAUAUGUACUGUCCUAGAAUGGCUUAUGCGUUUUAUUCUUGGUUUUGUUGUUGGGGUUUUUUUACAUUCAUCUUUACUCCAUUUGGAAUUUGUUUUUUUGUAUAGAAUGCCAGCUGUGGAUCCAACUUUACUUUCUUCCGAGUGGGUUGCCAAAUGUUCCAACACUUCUUAUCACAUUAUCUUUUUCCAAUGAAAUGAAAUACCAACUUUGUCAUAUAUUAAUUUUUCAUAUAUAAUGAGAUUUCUCAAUAUACUCUGUUGUUUUGCUGAUAGUACUCUUUAUAUAUGGCAAUAGCAUGUGUUUAAUUACAGCGAUUCUAUAUUUGCAUACAGUGACUUCAUAAAAUGCUCAGGCAGAGCUUUAUCUCACCCCACACUCCUGGGCUACUGUUGUUUUUACUACUUUUCUUGGCUAUUACCAGACAUUUGAAGUUUGUGAUCGUUUUAUCCAUUUAGGGCUUGAAACUGCAUUACAUUUAAAGAUUAAUUUUGGGAAAUUUGACAUAUGAUAUUGUCUUCUAAGAACUAACAAAAUUGUAUUAUUUUGUUUGCUCAGAUCUUGUCUAUGUCAUUAGUAAGAUUGGGAUUUGGCACUUUUCUUCACUUAAGUCUUUUGUCUUUUUUUUUUUUUAACUAAAUGUACUCUUGUUUCUUAGUCUUUGGGUCAUUAUUGAGAAUGGAUUUUUUUCCAUUUCCAUUUCUAAAGGCUUAUUAUAAAUAAAAAGUCUGUUUGUGUGUUUGUGUGCUUACCUUGUAUACCACACAUUUAUUACACAUACUUACAAAAUCUUAUUCCAGAAGUUUUCACUACAGUCUCUUGGGAUUUUAGAAAUAUAAUGAUGACAGUCACAAAUAUAAUGACACUCACACUCACAAAAUCACAAAAAUAACCUGUUUUUUCCAGUGUUUGAAAGAUUCUUUUCUUCUCUAUAAUCUUUAUUGCCUAGAAACUCCAUUAUAUAGUGUUAAGUGAUAAUGCUGAUAGCAGGCAUCUCUGAGUGCUAUUGAUUUUAAUUGAAAUAUUUAGCUGUUUUGGAUAUUUGUGUUGCUAUUUGGUAAAUAGUCUGACUUAAAUAAAUUCUUUUCUGUUUCACUAAGAGAUUUUAUUAGAAAUAGCUGCUGAAUUUUGUCAAAUGCCUUUUCAGCUUCUUUUGAUGUGGCUGUGUGUUACUUUCCUUCAAUCUGGUGAUUAGCUAGAUUGUUUGUGGAGCUGCUGACGUUAAGCCACUCUUGUCUCCUUGGAAUAAAACCUACUUGGUCA